UAUUUGUAUAUGAAUUAGGUUUGGAUGAUAUGUUUUUACAUUGUAUGUAGAGUACUUAUUGCCCUGAAAAGAAAAGUGCUGAUCGGCAUGGUGUUCCUGAGAGUUUUAUAAUGAUGAGUGAGUUGGGAGAAGCAGCAAGUGCAAUGUUGGACAGCAAGUUAAUUACAGUUUUACAAAAAUAUCAAGAUUGCAUUGAUUUCAUCCACUUCUCUGAUCAGUUCUCUGGCCCCAAACUGCAAGAAGAUGCUCAGCUAACAAAACUUCCUGAUAGCAAGAAGAUGCUGAUAUUUGGUUUCAAUGUUCCUGGCAAAGGGAAAACUACUCCAGAGAUGAUGGAAAAUUUGAAACCUCUACUGCAGUUAGUAUUUUAUUCAGUAGAAAAAGUGAAGAGAUUUCAUCUCACUAAAGAGGCUAAACUGAAAGCUGAAAAAAAUCGCCAACGUGUUGAAGAAGCAUUUUUGAAAACAACUCAUGCACAACGUCAAGAAGCAGCUCAAGCUAGACGUGAAGAACGGCGACGUGCUGAGAAGGAAAGGAUGAUGAAUGAAGAAGAUCCAGAAAAACAGCGUAAAUGGGAGGAGCGAGAGCAUCGUCGAGAACUGAAGAAGAGAGCUCCCAAAAUGAAACAGCUGAAAGUGAAAACAUUAUAAAUUGUCAUUUUUAAACAUACAAAAUACUCACUACAUCUGUAUGAACCAUCCAGACAAAAUGUCUUGUGAUCUUAUUUGAAUCAUAUUAAAUUAUUUAUAAAGAUUUGAAAAUGAUUAAUAUAUUAUAUAUGUUGGAUUGUUAAUUGUGUAAAUAUGGUUUUGUUAUUAUUUUAAGUUUAUACGUGAUUAAGAUUAUUGAACAAAUAAAUCUUUCAUUUUUUAUAAAUCUA